AUGAAGUUCUCCAUCUACGCACUCGUUGUCGGCGCAGCCUUCGCUGCUGCAACGCCAUUGGACAUGAUCGAUGAAAUCGAGGCCAGCGGUGAGAUCCCUCCGCUCUUGUGGACUGGUCAAAUCGAGAUUGGAGGAGACAAUGUCACUCUCACUGGUUCCGCCGAGAGCCUCAACUGCAAUGUUGGGGGUGGCGCGGAGCCUUUGUGGAUCCUAAAUGGCAUUAGUUACCUCUACGGACUCGGUAAUGGUGGCUGCCGCGCCCCGGCUGGUUGGGGUGGUUGCAGUCGGACCAGCUGUUCCUACAACGCCGCAAUCUGGCUGUGCAACGAUCGUACUGUCCCCGUAACGAUCCCUUGCAAAUAUGUAGCCGACAAUGCGGCUGGAAUUCACGAGAAAUGCAAGCACUGGGUGUACGACCCGCCGGCUCCCCGUCGUACGAAUGGAGAGUAUGAUUACUACACGAAUGGGCAGAUUUUCUCCUUUGAUAAGACCUGGAACGUUAUCGUCAAGUCAACCAACUGCUAG